AUGGCGAAGAAAGGAAAGAAGGAUGGAAAGUCCGGAGGAGACUUUUGGGACGAAGAAGAGUAUGUUACUCCUGAAGCCGAGACUUUAGGAGAACUGCCUGUUGAAGCUUCAACAGGUGAUGAACCUUCAGUUGAAGUUGAAGGUGAAACUUCAGAAGAAGGACUGGCAUCAGCCUCUGCUGACUUCUUGAGUUCAAUUCGUCAAUCUAAGAAGAAUAAGGAAGCCAAAGAAGAAGCUAAGAAGACAGAUGAUGGUCCAAAGCUCUUGUCUAAAAAGGAAAAAGAAAAGUUGAAGAAGGAAGCAGAGAAGCAAAAGAAGAAGGAAGCCGCUGCAAAGAAGAAGCAACAGCAAGCCGAUAAGAAGGAGCAAAUAAAGGAAGCAAAUAAAGCAAAUGCGGAAGCUGCUAAGUCAUCUACUCCUGAACCAGAAGGAGAUGAAUCCAAACCAAAGCCUGCUGCAAAGAAGGGAGGUAAGAAGGUCCCAGCAGGUCUUGCUGCUUUGAAGCGUCAAAUGGAGUUGAAAAAACAAUUGGAAGAAGAACAACGUCGUUUGGAAGAAGAAGAGCAAAAACGUAUUGAAGAAGAAGAAAAGGCUGCUGCUGAAGAAGAAGCUGAAAAGGAAGCCGCUAGAGCAGCCAAGAAGGAAAAGGACAGGUUAAAGAAAGAGCAAUUGAAGGCCGAAGGUAAAUAUAUGACCAAGAAGCAAAAGGACCAAAAGAAAUUGCAAGAAGCUCGUCGUCAAGCCUUACUUUCAGCAUCUGGAAUUACAGUUGCUGCUUUCCAAAAGGAUGCUUCUGAAACUGUUGACAAGCCUAAAAGAGUAAUUUAUGGUAAGAAGAAGUCCUCUAAACCAAAGACCGUUGUUCAAAAUUCACAAGUCAAAGAAGAAAAGAAGGUUGAGGAAACUAAAACUGAAGACGAUGAAGAAGAAACCUUAUUAAACAACUGGGAAACUGCUUUGGAUGACGAAGAACCUGUUGUUGAAAGUUGGGAAGCUGCUUUGGACGAAGAUGAAGGCGAAGAGGAUGCCAAGGCUGAAGACCAAGAAGAAGACUCUAAAGCUGCUGAAGAAGAAGCCCAAAGAAAGGCUGCUGAAGAAGCCCAAAGAAAGGCUGCUGAAGAAGAAGCCCAAAGAAAAGCGGCCGCUGAAGAAGAAGCUAAGAGAAAGGCUGAGGAAGAACGUAAAAAGGACUUGGCUUCUAAGAGUGUUGCCAAAUCUGCAACUCCUGCUCCACAAGAAAAGGAAAUGCGUUCACCUAUCUGUGUUAUCUUGGGGCAUGUCGAUACUGGUAAGACCAAGUUAUUGGAUAAGAUUCGUCAAACAAACGUCCAAGGUGGUGAAGCUGGUGGUAUCACUCAACAAAUUGGUGCUACUUAUUUCCCCAUUGAUGCUCUUAAGCUGAAGACUGACGUUAUGUCUAAGUUUGAAAAGCAAACUUUCGAUGUUCCUGGUUUAUUAGUCAUUGACACUCCAGGUCACGAGUCCUUUACUAACUUGAGAUCUCGUGGUUCUUCUUUAUGUAAUAUUGCCAUUUUGGUUGUCGAUAUUAUGCAUGGUUUAGAACCACAAACCAUCGAAUCAAUCAGAUUGUUGAGAGACAGAAAGGCACCAUUCAUUGUUGCAUUGAACAAGAUUGAUAGAUUAUAUGACUGGCAAACUACCCCCAACAACUCUUUCCGUGAUUCUUUUGCUAAGCAAUCCAGUUCUGUCCAAGGUGAAUUCAAACAAAGAUAUGAACAAAUUAAACUUGCGCUUUCUGAACAAGGUUUGAACUCUGAGUUGUAUUUCCAAAACAAGAACAUGGCCAAAUAUGUUUCAAUUGUUCCUACUUCAGCAGUUACCGGUGAAGGUGUUCCAGAUUUGUUGUGGUUGUUAUUGGAGUUGACCCAAAAGAGAAUGUCCAAGCAAUUGAUGUACUUGUCCAAGGUUGAAGCCACUAUUUUGGAAGUCAAGGUUGUUGAGGGUUUCGGUUACACUAUCGAUGUUGUGUUAUCUAAUGGUGUCUUGAAGGAAGGUGAUCGUGUUGUGUUGUGUGGGUUGAAUGGUCCUAUUGCCACCAAUAUCAGAGCAUUAUUGACUCCUCCACCAGCUAAAGAAUUGCGUAUUAAAUCUGAAUAUGUUCACCAUAAGCAAGUUAAGGCUGCUUUGGGUGUUAAGAUUGCUGCCAACGAUUUGGAGAAGGCAGUUGCUGGUUCUCGUUUGGUUGUUGUUGGUGAAGAUGACGACGAAGAAGAAAUCAUGGACGAUAUUAUGGAAGAUUUGACUGGUUUAUUGGACUCAGUUGACUCAUCCGGUAAGGGUGUCGUUGUUCAAGCAUCAACUUUGGGUUCUUUAGAAGCCUUGCUUGAUUUCUUGAAGGACAUGAAGAUUCCUGUUAUGUCUAUCGGGUUAGGUCCAGUUUACAAGAGAGAUAUAAUGAAGGCUGCUCCUAUGUUGGAGAAGGCUCCAGAAUUUGCUGUCAUGUUAUGUUUCGAUGUUAAGAUCGACAAAGAAGCUGAACAAUAUGCCGAAGAACAAAAGAUCAAGAUCUUCAAUGCUGAUAUUAUUUAUCACUUGUUUGAUCAAUUUACUGCUUAUCAAUCUCAAUUGAUGGAGAAGCGUCGUCAAGACUUUUUGGAAUACGCCAUUUUCCCAACUGUAUUGAAGACCAUUCAAAUCAUUAACAAACGUAACCCUAUGAUUAUUGGUGUUGAUGUUAUGGAAGGUACAGUCAAGAUAGGUACACCUAUUUGUGCAGUAAGAAGAGAUCCAGCUACAGGUGCAGCCAACAUUAUUGUUUUGGGUAAAGUUGUCUCUUUGGAAGUUAACCAUAAGAGUUCUGAAUCUGUCAAGAAGGGUCAAACCAAUGCUGGUGUUGCCAUGAGAUUAGAAAACCCAUCAUCCGCCCAACCUACUUGGGGUCGUCAUGUUGAUGAGUCAGAUUUGCUCUACUCAUUGAUUUCCCGUAGGUCGAUCGACACCUUGAAGGACCCUGCAUUCCGUGAUUCUGUUUCCAGAGAUGAUUGGUUGUUGAUCAAGAAGAUGAAGCCCAUCUUUGACAUCAAAUAA